AUGGGAGUACUUGAACGAAUUCGCGGCAGUUGUUUAUCCUGUUUUGGUUUGUCAACUCGACGUCGAAAUACUUAUCCUGACCAUGAUAUUCCUAAAGUGUUCGAACAAUCGGUGAGUAAUUACCCAACUAGAAGCAGUCGUUCCAGCAGCAGCCAACGAUAUUCGUCUGGGGCAACAAGACCUUCAUCUUCCUACUACUCACAAACUGCUAGAAAAUCAACACAACCCCGAGAGGAACGUCUAAUCUUCACAGGCUCAAGUAGUUCCAUUGAGUGUACAUCGACCCGUACUGGGCAAACAUCGAGUGGUUCAGAAGUUGCCACGAAUAUUUCAGCAGUACCCGUAAAUAUCAUACGAAUUAAGUCGAGAAAUACUGGUCCUAGCAAAGUAACUCAGUUUGCCAUUAUUCACCAUGCCAAACAACAACAUCAAGCUCGUCAAGUGAAACCACCACAAACACAGCCUGUUAAGUUAUCACAAGCAGAAUCAGUAAAACCACCACAAACACAGCUUAGUAAGUCCUCAGCAAAGUCAGUAAGGCCACCGCAAACACAGUCUAGUAAGUCCUCACCAAAGUCAGUAAGGCCACCAGAAACACAGCAUGUUAAGUCCUCGUCAGUAAAACCACCACAAACACAGUCUGUUCAGUCCUCACCAGCAGAGUCAGUAAGACCACCACAAACACGGUCUUUUAAGUCCUCGUCAGUAAAACCACCACAAACACAGCCUGGUCAGUCCUCACCAGCACAGUCAGUAAAACCACCACAAACACAAUCUUUUAAGUCCUCGUCAGUAAAACCACCACAAACACAGCCUGGUCAGUCCUCACCAGCAGAGUCAGUAAAACCACCACAAACACAAUCUUUUAAGUCCUCGUCAGUAAAACCACCACAAACACAGUCUUUUAAGUCCUCGUCAGUAAAACCACCACAAACACAGCCUGGUCAGUCCUCACCGGCAGCAGAGUCAGUAAAACCACCACAAACACAAUCUUUUAAGUCCUCGUCAGUAAAACCACCACAAACACAGCCUGGUCAGUCCUCACCAGCAGAGUCAGUAAAACCACCACAAACACAAUCUUUUAAGUCCUCGUCAGUAAAACCACCACAAACACAGCCUGGUCAGUCCUCACCAGCAGAGUCAGUAAGACCACCACAAACACCAUUGAAGAUUUACUUGAGAAAUUUUACUUGUCAACUUAAAACUACAUCGAAAGAUAAAACCUUUAAACCUAUUAAAGGUGAUAUUAUAUACCAAAACCAAUGGACUGCAUGCAGUGCUGUUAUCAUUGAUCAGUUUGGCAAACAACUGUCCAAUUCUACACACACGAUAGGGCUAAGCAGCAAUUCUCACGUAGAAUUUUGGGAUUACAAAGCUAAGGCUGGUCGUCUUCACUUUAAUAUGAAAUGCAGUGAAACAGGGAAUAUUUCAAUAUCUAUUAAGAUUGAUCAAUUUAAAUUUAUCAAAGAGUUCUACGUAACUUGCAGUCCGUGUUCCAGCAGUUUGUGUGAAAUAGUUGUCACGAAAAUGGAUUCGCUUGAAGAUGAAUGCGUAUAUCGACUAGCCAUUGUUGAUGUUUUUGGUGAGCCGAUACUUGCAGAUUCGCCUGAAAUCUACGUACUGGAAACCGCUUCACCAUGUGAAAAUAAGAUUGUACAAAAGCUUAUGUAUUCCAAGAACGGUAAGAAAUAUUUUGACAUAAUUGUAAGGGGUGAGAGACCUUGGUCAAAAGAUCUUGUUCUUCUGCUUAAUGGAAAACAAAUUCCCCCAGUCACGAAAUUUGAAGUCUCUCAUAAGGAAAGUGAGGAAAUUGCAUCUUUUCUUGAGAAACACAAAAAUGUAUUAUUAGAAAGAGAUCAAGUUCCCGUUGAUGAUAUUGUUGAUUGUCUGGGCUCUCGUAUGUUUAUAUCAUUUCUAACAGGCGAUGAUGAUGGAGAGUUUGUCCCUUACAAUGAAAACAACUGUCAAAUACAGCGUCUUCCAGAUCAGAAUGGCUACCAACUGGUCUGUCAAAAUGCUAAAAAAUACGAUAUCUUGGGUGCAGAUUCUGCACACGUCAAUAACAUCAAAAGAGUUCUUCAACUUAAAGAUCGUGUUGAAAUCAACGAAUCAGCAGAUCAAACAAAUGUCAUCAUUGACUUCAGAAAUGUUCAAUCUCAUCGCCAUCCAAUUGGUAAAGAAGUUGUUCAGCAUCUUCUUCGUGGUUUAUAUUACCGAAGGAAAGCUGCGGAAGUUGCCAAAGUUCGUAUGAAAUGGAAAAAGAGGUUUACUUCUCUUGAUAGAGUAUUACGACUGUCGUUAAGGAAUAGUCCAAGCUUAAGACUUUGUAAAGGUUUUAAGGAUUUCUUUGGCGGGUUAAUGAAUAAAUACAAUCGGGAUGCUUGCGAUGAACUGUUUAUGUUUUUCAAUUUCCAGCGAGAUAAGAGUGAGGUAGAUCUUCACGGUUUACUUGUUGCUGAUGAAGAGAGAUUAGAGUUGCUGAGGUUGGAAAUGUUGCGUGGAUCGCUAAGUAAUGAAGAGAUCGAAGCACUUUUUGGACAGUGCAAGAUGAAGAGUUUUAAAGGUCGGAAAAAGCAAGCAUUGAAGAAAAAAUUGUUGAAAGGAGAAAUGCCUGAUGAUAAAAUUGAAGAUUUCAUAGAAUUAUGUCGAGAUGAUAUACACGAUGAAUUUCGUUUGGACGCCUUCGAACGAGAGUUGUUACAAAGACAGCGGCACAGCAAACAUGUGGAUGGCAUCAUAAAGCAGUGGAGAUCAGAAAGUGAUGAAGCUAUCCGGAAAUUGGAAAAAACAUUGGAGAAUUUUGAUCUUGAAGAAGCAAUCAAGCGUAACACACCAUGGCUUGAGAUUAUAGUUGGAGCUGGUCGUCACAGUAGAAGAAAGAAUGAACAAAAUAUCCGACCAAAAGUUGAGAAACUUCUUAAAGAAAGAAAUCUUCAGUUUGCUGCUGUGAACAAAGGAUCACUUGUAGUCACGUUUCAAACCUACAGUGGUCCCGAGCCUUGUUUCGGAGAAUAUUAUUGCGUGAAUUGUGACCGAUGUUGGAAAAGCAGUAAAAGUUAUGUCAUGAAAUAUCAGAAAUGUUCUCGAUGCCAAGUCAAUUGUUGGCCAGUCAAACAACGAGAAAAAGAGAAAGUCGAAAAUUACCAGCGUGAUGGUGCUAGGUGGGAGAAACGUCAGCGAGGUCCUCAUCAAACAAGUCUUUGCCAGAAAUGUCAUGAGUUAGGAUAUCCUUGCAUUGAACGAAGAUGA